AACAAUCACACUUCCUGUGGAAGUAGUAUCAAGCGCAUCCUCUGCACGUGAAAACUUCACUUGUGCAUAGAUCUUUUUGUAGUGCUGCAAAAAAUAAAUAAUAAAAAAAAGUAGUAACAUGGCGGUGGAUAUACGUCUGCCAGCUGCUAAACCAAAAGUUAGCGAAAUUUUAGAGCCAGAAGACGUAAAACAUUUAGUGUCACCAGGUGACGUAAUAACUGCAGAUACAGGAUUUAUGAGGGGUCAUGGUACUUAUAUGAGUGAAGAAAAGCUGUUGGCAUCUGUUGCUGGUGUUGUGGAGCGAGUUAAUAAAUUGAUUUGUGUCCGGCCUUUAAAAACCAGGUACUAUGGGGAAGUUGGUGACAUUGUCGUGGGUAGAAUUACAGAGGUUCAGCAGAAACGUUGGAAGGUGGAAACCAAUUCUAGGCUAGAUUCUGUACUUCUGCUGUCUUCUGUUAAUCUUCCCGGUGGGGAAUUGAGAAGGCGUUCAGCAGAAGAUGAACUGGCUAUGCGAGAUUACUUGCAGGAAGGAGAUCUCAUCAGUGCAGAAGUGCAGGCUGUAUAUUCUGAUGGAGCCUUAUCACUGCAUACCAGAAGUCUGAAGUAUGGAAAGCUUGGACAAGGUGUGUUAGUACAAGUGUCCCCAUCACUCGUCAAGCGACGAAAAACGCACUUCCACAACCUUCCAUGUGGAGCAUCAAUAAUCCUUGGAAACAAUGGUUUUAUUUGGAUUUACCCACCCAUAGAGCAAAAGGAUGAUGAUGAAGCAGGAGGAUUCAUCACCAACCUGGAGCCAGUUCCUUUGGCCGACAGAGAAGUGAUCUCUCGACUGAGAAACUGCAUCGUUUCUCUGGUCUCACACAAGAUGAUGCUCUAUGAUACCAGUGUACUGUACUGCUAUGAAGCUUCACUGAGCCAUCAGAUCAAAGAUAUUCUGAAACCAGAAGUAAUGGAUGAAAUUGUAUUUGGAACACGUCAGAGGCUUUUGGAACAGGAAGGAUAAGGAAGCACAGAAACAACCAUGAAGGGACUAUUUAUUGUUUCUGGGACAUUCCAUCUAAUGUGUUAAUUGCUGUUAAAGACUGAGCUAGUUCAGUGGCUACUGAAAAAAUAUCCCCAGUCAAGUAUGACACCUGCCUUGUUUCACAGAACCAGCUAGAAAGAUUUCCCUACAGCGAUAUAACUACUGUGUGUUCAGUAGAACUAGGACAGAGUUGAGCAUUUUCAUUUGUAAUAAUUUCCAAGAAACCUUUCAUUUGACUCCUGUAAUGAUUGGCUGCUUAGUAUUGGAAUGAGCAAAAACACCAAACUUCAUUAAAUUGUAUUCAAAACUACUUACAGCACAUGCAUGAAUUGAAGGAGAGAGAGUUUGGUGUGUGUUGGCAUUAGUUUAUUUUCCAUUUGUCUGUUUAGCGCAGGCGCUGCACUGUUUCAUUUUCAUCUGUGCAUUCGUGUUUUAGUUUCAGCCUUCACAGAUAAUAUUUAGUAUUUCAUAUACCAAAAGAAGGGAAUGCAUUUAUAUGAAAGCAGCAAGUAGAAUAUUGAUCUUGCAAAAUCAAAUAGCCAAAACAGCUACUGUGUUUAACAUCAUCUGAGGUAAAUAUAAACAUUUUUAAGACUAUUUUUAUGGGAGUCUGCCACUCUCAUUUUGCGUAAAUGAGGGAGUUUUGUUACUGGAAUCAGUUGUCAGUGUUGCACAGCAUAGUUUAUAAUUCCAGGAAAUUAGUCUUUUUUUAUAGACUUAAAGAAUUGUAGUGAAAUGUGCACUAAAUCAGAGUUUUCUGAAUA